AUGUCUACCAACUUCGAGAAGCACUUUGAGGAAAACGUCGACAACUGCUCGCUAGAGCAGCUGAGAGAUAUCUUGAUCAACAAGUCGGGCAACUCCAAGCUAGCUAACAGGUUCAGAGCGCUGUUCAACUUGAAGGGUAUCGCAGAAGAGUUCGAGAAAUCGCCCGAGGAGGCCCUGAAGGCGACGAAAUACAUCAGCGAAUGUUUUGGCGACUCGAGUGAGUUGCUGAAGCACGAGGUCGCUUACGUGCUGGGGCAGACUAAGAACAUGGCCGGAGCGCCCAUCCUCAGGGAUGUGUUAGCCGACAACGACCAGCAAUGCAUGGUCCGCCACGAGGCCGCAGAGGCCCUUGGUGCCUUGGGUGACGUGGACUCGCUGCCCAUCCUCGAGACAUACUUCAAGGAAGACCCCCUGCUUGAAAUCAGACAGACUUGCGAGCUUGCCAUUGGCAGAAUCAAGUGGCAACACAGCGGCCUGGCCGAUAAGGAGAACCUGCAGGAGUCCCUGUACUCGAGCAUCGACCCCGCGCCACCUCUCACUAAGGACACCGACUACAAGAUUGGGGAGCUGAAGCAGAUCCUGCUAGACCAAGAAAAGCCAUUGUUUGAAAGAUACAGAGCCAUGUUCAGACUCAGAGACAUUGGCAACGACGAGGCUUGUUUGGCCCUUGCCGCUGGCUUCGAUGACCCUUCUGCGCUGUUCAAGCACGAAGUCGCGUAUGUUUUUGGCCAAAUCGGUAACUCAGUUGUCGUGCCUCACUUGGUUGAGGUUCUGGGGCGUGAGAACGAGGCUCCUAUGGUUAGACACGAGGCCGCCGAGGCUUUGGGUUCUAUUGCCACUUACGAUGUUCUGCCUGUGUUGAAGGACCAUUUGACUGACAAGGACGAUGUCGUCAGAGAAUCUGCUAUUGUUGCCCUCGACAUGUACGAGUACGAGAACAGCAACGAGUUGGAAUACGCCCCAGCUUGA